AUGCCUCCAAUUGCAGCACCAGGGCCUGUCGGGCCAUGUGCGGUAACGAAUGUGGUCCUCAGGAGCAAUUUGGGUCCUGGGGUGGCGGCUGCUACUAAUUCCAAGCCUGCUCGGACGGAAUCCAAGGACAUAGUUCUGUUCAUUCAGUGUGAGGAAAAAAGCAUAAAUACUAGCCAUAUCCUCCCACAACAUCCUUUCGCCAUCGGUUCCUCAUUGCCUCGAUCUGAUCAAGAACCUCCCUCUAAGCCGAUUCUCAUAGAAGGUAUUCUCCCUGCCCACUAUCACUUGGAAAACAGAAACUAACACAACCACUACUAGCUCAAACUCUCGCAUCAGAUCACUAGUAAUCCUCUCCUCUCGCACUGCCCCUCUAUCCCCUAAAACCUGCACUGACUGUUACCCCGCAGUGCUUCUCAAGACUCUCCCCAUUAUCGCCCUGUUCCUGACCCUCACUCACGCCGUGGCACUCGCGAAUCCAUUCACCGAACCAGACACCAACGAUCUCGAAAAGCGUGCUUGUGAUAACGAUGGCUGCAAGUGUGACCCCUCGUACAGUGCCGGGCUCUACUGCGGGCACUGCCUGGCCGUGAAAUCAUGCCAAUCAGGCGCCUGCCUGGACAACGUCUACCAGUGCGGCCGCGGAGGAAAAUGCUGCAAUUAUGGGGUUAGAACUAGCUGCAAGAAUGACAACGGUCCUGGCUGUUAG